CUCACCGGUCAAACGAUUAAUCGUUCCGAGCGGGAACUAUUCUAAAAGCGCGGCUAAAAACAGCCCCGAAAUCCUGCGACUCGAUAAUUCCAUUCAAGCGGCGCAAUCGCUUUCGAUCGAGUACCGGGUAAUAAGUCCGACGAGGAUCAAUCGUGAUCCGUUGGGAGUCUAAUUAUAAACGGGACGCUUCCAUCAAUCUCGUCUAGUUCCGUUCAAUCCCGAUACCGCACUCGUUUCUCCGUAGGUAUUCAGAUCAGAGGUAAACUUCGCUAAAAUGCUGCACCACGAACAUGAAUAAUCGGUGGUGGCAGAACGAGAAGUUCGCGAGUAGAAGUUCGCGUAGUAUCGCAAGUGGAAUUCGGUUGUUAGUCGGUUGCCGGAUAGACGGAGAAACGUGCCGGUGGCUAGGUCUGGCAAAGAAAAACGAGGGGGUUUUCUGUUGGAGAGCCGAGUCAUCGCACUCGGAGUGGCCUCUUAUCUCUCCGGCUGCUGGCUCCGGUUGUAGGUUAGAGACACUCUUCGGAUAGUAGCGGCUGCCUAUCCAUAGAGAGAGAAAUCGAAUCGAUCGAUCGACAUCUUUCCACGGAGAGAGCCUCUACUCGAGUUUUCCUGACCUAAGAACACAGACCCGAGUGUGUGGAGUGGCCGUGGAACGGGGUGGAGUGAACUCCACACAGAAUGGGCCACCGGGGGUGGUAGGUUCGAGUAGGGGAACCCCGCCCCCUUUCGAGCGUCCUACCCGACGUCGACGUCGACGAUGACUGCAGAUUUGUCUUUUCUUUCUCGUCGGAGAGGUCUCCCGCCUCUUAUCAAGCGACACGAGUCGGUUCUACCCCUUUUCGCGCGAAGGGCUCAGCUCCGAGUCGGAUCCGAGCGGAGAUAGCUGAUUAAAAGUCUGACUACGUCGUUCACGGUUUUCAAUUCUUAUCGCAAGUUUCUCCGCGGUUUCGACCUCUCGUCUCGAAGGGUGAUGAGAAUCGUGGAGCACGUGGUGCGAACGGUAUCUGCAAUCGAGCCGAAUGAUGUCCAAUUGACGAAGACCGCGCAGCGCUAGGAAUGGCCCCAUUCAGUUCCGUCUUCCUGGGCGUCUGGGGAGUGUUCGUGAUCGUUCUCAUACAAGAAUCUAGGCCCGUCAGCUGGGACGAAUGGUGGACCUAUGACGGUAUUUCCGGUCCCGGCUUCUGGGGUCUCAUAAAUCCGGAAUGGUGGCUGUGCAACAAGGGCAGACGACAAUCGCCGGUGAACCUCGAGCCCGGAAGGCUCCUCUUCGACCCGAACCUGCUGCCUUUGCACUUGGACAAGCACAAGGUGGGCGGCGUGCUCGCCAACACCGGCCACAGCGUCGUGUUCGCCGUCGAAAACGACACGCGCCACCCGGUGAACAUAUCCGGCGGUCCCCUCAGCUACCGGUAUCAGUUCCACGAGAUUCAUCUUCACUUUGGACUGGACGAUCGGAUCGGUAGCGAGCACAUGGUGGACGGACACGCGUUCCCAGCGGAGUUGCAGAUAUUCGGGUUCAAUUCGCAGCUGUACAACAACUUCUCGGACGCGUUGCACCGGGUGCAGGGGAUAGUCGCGGUGUCCCUCCUGCUGCAGGUCGGAGAUCUCUCGAACCCGGAGCUGCGACUACUCACCGAACAGCUGCAGUACAUCAGAUACGGAGGCCAGACGAUGGAGAUUAAGCGUUUCGUGGUGCGGGAAUUGCUGCCGGACACGAAAUAUUACAUGACGUACGAUGGCUCCACAACGAUGCCAGCUUGCCACGAGACCACCACGUGGAUCAUCCUGAACAAGCCGAUAUACAUCACUAAGCAGCAGCUUCUCGCGUUGCGACAAUUGAUGCAAGGGGACAAGGAGCAUCCGAACGCGCCGCUUGGGAAUAAUUUCAGACCGCCCCAGCCACUUCAUCAUCGUCCCGUUCGAACGAACAUCGACUUCAACGUUCAGGGACAGAACAACUGCCCGACGAUGAACAGGGACAUACACUACAAAGCGAACAGUUGGAAAUAACCCAGCGGCGAGCUAUGGAAGUGGCUGACGGUUAACUACGCUUCCCCUGGGAGUUACGAGGAUAAAAACCCACUGACAUAUCAAUUAAAAUGAUCGCGACCAGUGGUCAUCACGUCGAUCCGAUCGAGCAAGAGGCCAUCGUGGCGCGUAUCGUUGAGAGCGGAAGAGCGUGCGAACGAGCGAGUGGAUUUUAAAACAAAGAGAUCCGAGUGAAAAAAAAACAAAAUAUGAAAAUAAACAAAAAAAUGCUUCGUUGUACUAUUAGACGUGAAUUGCCAAGUAUGUUUCCAGUAACGAACAAGAAGAAACACACACGACACAGAUACAGACAGGUUACACCGACAGACACGUACAGAAAAGAUAUAACUAUAUAUAGAUUACAAUUUAGCGGAGAUAAGAUUAAAAAAAAAAAAAAAAAAAAAACGUAAGAUUAAACACAAGAUAUAUUAUUAUACGUAUAUUGAUCAACUAAAAAAGCUAUGACUAUCGUGGCCUGUGUUGGGGUCGUCAACGACGAUGAUAGGGGUUACUGGGAUUGAAACAAACGACGAGGUGCGAGAUUCUAUAUGUAUAAAGAAAAAAAUAAGAACAAGAAGGAAGAAUCACGCGCGAGCGAUCAAAGAUCCGCGCGUACACGCCCACUCACAUCACCACCCGCAUGAUUACAUGAAUACGUACGACAUUACAUGCAUACAUACUUACUAUACAUGUACACACACAUAUCGAGCGAAAGUUUAUACUAUAUUCUUGUAAUAAAAUGCUGAAAAACGUAGAA